AAUAGAAGGUUAAAAACAGAUAAAAUAGAUGGCAGAUGGGCAGUAUGCACUGUCAAGACAGUUUGCUACUACAUGAAAGAAAAUCAUAGGAGAGCCCUUCUAGCCAAUCAGAGGCGAGAAAGGCGGGAGCUUCUUUGAACUUCCUACGAUUUGAAAUUACGCUUCUGGCGACCCAUGGCCCGGAAGUGGAUGCUUGUAAUUGUGCAAGUACAAAAAUCCUCUUUUUUCACCUGACAGAUUUGUGAGUACUAAAAAUUAUUGCUUUUACAAUCCAACAUUGAUUAUAUCUAUUUAAAGAGAGCACAGGGUUCCUUUAUAAGGUCAAAAGCUAAAUGGAUGGAGGAUGGAGAAAAAAAAUUCUGCAUAUUUCAGUAGAUUGGAGAAAAAAAGACAAGAAAGCAAAGCUAUAACAAGUCUGCUAAUUAAUGGUAAAGAAUGCAGGGAUAGUAAAGUGAUUGAGAAAGAAGUUCACUCGUUCUAUAGCACUUUAUAUUCCUCGGCAUACUCUCAAACUGAUUCAUUGAAAUAUUUAAGCCAAAUUACCAACUUUAAACCUUGUAUUAAUGAAUCUUUCAAAACUGUGUGAUGCAGAAUUAAUAAUAGAAGAAUUAGAUGUGGUCCUUUUGAAACUUCCUCUGAAUAAAUCCCCUGGCUCAGAUGGGCUCACUGCAAAUUUUUAUUGCUUCUUUUGGAAAGACAUCAGAAUCUUAUUGUUUAAAGCUAUUCAAGAAUGCAUUUGUAAACAGGAAUUAAUGCCUAGUAUGAAACAAGGUGUAAUAACGCUAAUUCCCAAACACAAUAAAGAUAAAAGACUUCUAGACAAUUUAAGACCGACUACCCUUCUCAAUACUGACUAUAAAUUACUUUCAGGUUGUAUAGCAACUAGACUCAAACAUGGUAUAUAUCAACUUAUUGAUGUAACUCAAUCUGUUUUUUUAAGGGGUAGAUCUAUUCACAACAACAUUCGUCUGGUUUUGGAUCUGAUAGAUUAUUUGCAUAUAUUGCUUGAAGAAGGAUUCAUUCUCUUCCUUGACUUCUUCAAGGCGUUUGAUUCAGUAGAGCAUUCCUUCAAUAUUGAGUACUUUAAAUUAUUUUGGUUUUGGUCAGAAAUGUAUUAAGUUAGUUAAUAUGCUAUAUAAGGAUAUAAACAGUUGUGUGUCUUUGGAACAUGGUACCUGCCCUAGAUUCCCUGUUUGCAGAGGCAUUACACAAGGUUGCAGUAGCUCCCCUCUUCUAUUUAUUUUAGUAGCGGAAUUAUUAGCAAAUUAGGAUUAAAAACUGUGAUAUUGAAGGUUUAAAUAUUAUGCAUAAAAAGCUAGUUAUAAGUCAGUUUGCUGACGGCAUGUGUUUAUUCUUGCGGAAUGAAAGACAAAUUCCAAAAGUUGUACAUUAUUUAGAAACAUUUGCCAAAGCAUCUGCAUGGUCUUAAAAUAAAUUUUAACAAGUUCAAAUGAUUUACUCUCCAUGAUCAAACACCUCCCUCUAUAUGUAAUGUUGCAGUAAAAAGUCAGGUGAAAUAUUUUGGCUUAGUGAUAACAAAGAAAUAAGAGAAAAACAAAAUAUUUGCAAGAAUGCGGAAAAAUGUAAAAAUAUAUUGAAUUCCUGGCUUCAGAGAGACGUUACCAUCUUUGGGAGGGUGCUACUUUCUAAAAUGGAAAGUUUAUCAAGAUCCAUUUAUCCUGCCUUUUCUCUUGAUAGCUCUGAUAAAAUGGUCAAUCUUAUUAAUAGUUUAAAUUUCAAAUUUAUGUGGAAAAACAAAUGCCAAUAUAUUAGAAGAGUUGAUAUGGUUAAGAGUGUUUAAGAAGGUGGAUUAAAUGCCAUUGACUUCUCUGCUAUGAAUGGUGCUUUAAAACUUAUAUGGCUAAGCUCUUUUAUACUUCAGACUCUUUUUGGUUUACAGUUCCAAAUGCAAUUUUUCAAAAACUGGGCGGUAUUGAAAUACUAUUAAGCAGUGAUUAUGAUAUUUCCAAAUUGCCCGUGAAACUUUCUAACUAUCACCAGCAAGUUCUUCGUUAUUGGAAGCUAAUCUAUCACCACAACUUCACUCCCCAAAAUUCUCCUCUGUGGAAUAAUAGAUACGUUUUGUCCCAUAGAAAGUCCUUAUUCUUACAAUCUUGGUUUAAUAAAGGAAUUUGGUCGGUUUCACAACUUUUAGAUGAGGAAGGGAACUUUUAAACUCAUGAAAAGCUCUGUCGUAAGUUUAACUUACAAUGUUCAAACAAACAAUAUGAUGCAGUUUUAAAAGCCAUCCCUCCUCCCUUCCAAGCCCUGAUGCGACAAUUGAUGCUGCAUUCUAGUGUAUUCCAAAUAAGACCUCUUAGUGUAGAAGGUAUCAGUUUGGGGAUCAAGCCUUUCUCUAACAAAUUUCUAAGAACUCUUUUAACAAAUAUUUUAUAUCCUUGUUAAUUAAAGAGGAAAUAUGUAUUAAAGGAAUUUUCAGUUAUAGAGGCUAGAUUAAUAAGAAAACGGUACUUAUCCUAUUUCACACAAAGAAGUCACAUUUAAAGUUCUAAAUGACAUUUACCCAUCCAACAAUUUUUUGUUUAAAUGCUUUAAUUGGGACAAUAACUCAUUCAUAUCUCGAGAGAGACAUUGAAACGGCUUAACACAUUUUUUAAAUUGUGAUUUUGCCAUUGAUUUCUGGUUGUCCUUUCGCAGCUGGAUGUUAGCCAAACAAAUUCCUUUACAGCAUUUGAAAUGGACUUGUAUUAAAGUUGGUGUACAGCUGAAGGAUAAAAACCUGGACUUUUUGGUCAACAACCUGAUCACUCUUGGCAAACACUACAUCCACAGAUGCAAAUUUCUCAAAAUGAAACCCCACAUCAACGGUUGGAAAAAUGACUUGAACUGUUAUGAAAAAAAUCUCCAUUUUUGAUGAACAAUAACAAUGCCCUGAAAUUACAUUCUCUAUUUGAACUUCAUGGAAUCCUUGAUUAAGUCCCUCACUUUACUUAAUCUUUCCUUUUUCUUUUUUAAUGUUUUAAUUUUUGUUAAUUUUUGUUUUCACUGCCUUUCUACCCCUUGAAGAUGAAUCUGUAAUUCAUGCCGUAAAUGUUUGUAUUGUUUACUUUUGACUAAAAAAAAAAAAAAAAGAUUCGUGAGUACAUGGUGCAUUUGAAUGUUGGAUGAAAGCUGGGAAAUCUCAAUUUUCUAUGGAGUUAGGUUGGGGACUUGUGUUGAUGUUUUUCUGUGGAAAAAUAGAGUAUGCCAGCAUCAUGUAGUUACAAAAGAUCAACCUAAAUUUAAUUUUUAACAUUCUAAAGUUGUUUAUAUGAGUUAAUUAGCCAUGAAAACACAAGAGAUGACCACUAGAUGGCGGAGUGGUUCUCUGAAUAGGAAAAGCAGGACUUCAAACUGGAGACGCAAGAAGAUAAUGGUAAGGCGGCUCUGGUGGUCUUUCCUGUGACCUACUAUUGAUAUCAGAGAUGAUGAUGAGGAAACAUGAAUAAAGUCAGGAGGGUUCUGGUUUACGUCUGGAGAGACCAAGCAGCACCACAGCAGGCUCCGUUCCUGCAGAGUGUAACCGGCUUCUUCACCGAUGGCGGGGAUGAUGAGGUCGAGGUGAACUGCUUGCUUGAGAAAAACCAGUUCAUACUUUCUGAAGGAGACAGAGGGCACCGGAUCCGUCUGAAGAGACCCUCCUUUUGCCCCAUCAAACACCUGUCAGCCUCAGAGUCCGCUGUCAUCCCAUUGGACGUCGAGCAGCGUGGAGUAGAUGUGGGCGUGGCCGUGCUACUCCAGACCGUCAACCAGAGAGUGCUGCUGACACAACGAGCCAAGCAUCUCCGGAUCUUUCCCAACGUCUGGGUUCCUCCGGGGGGUCAUCUUGAGCCUGAUGAAACCCUGCUGGCAGCUGGACUCCGGGAGCUAAAGGAGGAAACUGGACUCAAACUAAAACCAAAGGAAUUGUCUCCAAAAAUACUGGGACUGUGGGAGUCGGUGUUUCCUGCCAUGCUGUCCAGAGGACUUCCUCAGAGACAUCACAUCGUGGUUUACAUGCUGCUGCUCUCUCCCCUCUCACACCUGCACCUCCAGGUGUCUCUGAAACCUUCCCCUGCUGAGGUGGCUUCCUGUGUGUGGGUCGACAGCCAUCUGGCCAAAGCCAUCGUGUCCUCUGUGGACGGAGAGGAGGGUGCGGCUAGUGUGGACGGCCUGCCGAGCAGCAUCAGUGUGUCGCACGUUUCUGAAGACGGAGGUCUGACCGACUCUUUGCUGCCACUGGAGAUCUUCACCAAUCGAGUGCCGUUCAGCGGCCUGGAUGUGGAGCGGGUCAGCACCGGGACCAAGUAUGCACUGGACCUGUGGCUGAAGAGUCUGGAUACUUGCAGUGACCCCUGACCCCACCCACACCUUCAGGCACCAGGAUGCAGAAAUGAUGCAGCUUUAAUUAGACGAUAUUUAAAUCCUGUUUAAAUUGUUUGUUGACAUCAUCUGAAGCUUCAGUUGUUUUCCUGAAAUGUCGCAUAAGGUUAAAGUUACAUGAUGUAUAGAAGAAAUUAAAAUAUAUUAUAAACAUGUUUUACAACCA